UAUGUGUGUAUAUUUUUUUUUAAAUAAUCCAGGUGGAGCUGGAGGCCGUCCUGAACCAGAUGGAGACUAACAGAGCGACGUGGGAUCAGAAGCUGCAGCAUCAGGCCGCUCUGCUGGACUCUAGAGCCGCUAAGAUCCAGAGACUGGAGGCUCAGCUCAGAGGCGUGUCUUACGGCACCAGAACCUCCGUGUUCAGACGGGAUGUCCCAGCUGAAGACGACGAGGAUGAGGAGGAUGAUGAAGAGGAUUCUCCUCCUCUGGACCGAGAGGAGAACCUGGUGGAGCUCCAGGUGGUCGGAGCCACGUUGUCUCCGUCUGGGUUGAGGUCUCUGGGGGACUCUGAGCCCUCCACCUUCAUCACCUACUCCUUCUACCUGUUCGAGCUUCACUCCACUCCGGUGUCUGUGGGCCGCACGCCGCGGUUCGGGUUCACGUCUCGGUACGUGGUCACGGUGGACCAGCGGCUGCUGGACUUCCUGCUUGGAGGAUCGGUGAACCUGGAGCUGCACCAGGCUCAGGGUCUGGACUGGAGGACUGUGGCCACAGGUCGGAUCCACCUGCACCAGCUGAUGGAGCGAGACGGGAAAGUUCAGGGCACCGCGCCGCUGGUCGGUGUGUCUGAGGAGACCCAGUCCUUUGGUUCUGUGGACUACUGGUUGAGGUUGAAGGUCCCAAUGACGGAGACGUUCCGUCUCUACAGAGAGAAGGUAAAGGUGUCGGGUCACGUCGGUGCCACCCUGAACCAGGACUCACAGGUACCUGAAGGCUCCCUGAACCAGGAUUCACAGGUACCUGAAGGCUCCCUGAACAAGCUCUUCAUCACGGUCCACCGCUGCAGAGACCUAAAGAGGUCCGGCGGGUCCGGGUGUCCGAGUCCCUACGUGGUCUACAAGUUCUAUGACUUCCCCGACUACCCGACCGCCACCGUGCACGAACGCUGUGACCCGGACCUCGGUGACCUCAAGUCUUACCCGGUCCACGUGGACCAGGACCUGGACCGGUACCUGAGGUCUGAGGACCUGGUGCUCUACGUGUUCGACUACAAAGAGGAGAAGAUGGACACGUACCUGGGGAAGACCCGGGUCCAUCUGCUGCCUCUGGUCCAGGACCAGGAGAUCACAGGACUCUUCGAGCUCACCGAUCCCUCUGGACUCUCCUCCGGCCUCAUUGAAGUGACUCUGAAGUGGAGCUCCACCUACUUUACUCCAUCAUCCUCCAUCACGGCCGCCGAGGAGACGGAGAGGAUGACCACAGAGCAGCACAAAGAGGAGGAAGAGGAGGAGGACACACACACCCCUGUCUCACCCUCCGGCUCACAGGCCAAGCGGCCGAAACUCAGACCGAGGACGCGAGUGAAGGACGGACCGGCUGUUAAAAAGGUGACAUUCAUCGAUCCGUCAGCUCCAGAGGACCAGGUGAGGAUUCUACUGAUGAAGAGACAACACACACACACACACAAGUCUUUGUUAUUGUUCAUAGCAGACAUUAACAACACACACACACACAUCUUUAUUAUUGUUCAUAGAAGACAUUAACAACAUACACACAAGUCUUU